AUGUCGGAAGAACUCUCAAAGGUCGAUUCCGCCGUGGCUGGCCUCUCGAUAUCCCCUCCCGACAGCAAGAAGGAGAAAGCAGCUCACAAACGCACCACCUCGUCAGCCGAGGGUGUACGAAACAUCAACGACCUAGAAAAGGAAGGAAUCGAAUUGGCCAUUGCCCCUGAAACACAGAAGCUCAACUGGAAACUCAACACCUCCCCCACAACCCUGGAUGACAAGGAAGCUCUCAAGAAGUUCCUCACCACCCCGCCUGUCAAGCGGAUAGAUCUGCAUUUCCCCCUAGGCCUGGAAGUCACUGCCCGAAACCUCAAGGGGGUCACAAUCAAGGACGCGCUGGACGCUAUUCACAAGCAAUUUAAGAAGAAGGCCGAUGACGAACUCGACAACCCCAUCCUAGCCGGUUUCGAAUGGGAUAAAGAAGAAUCAUGGACCCGACUGAUCGUCCACCAGAAGAAGCAAGGCGCCUUUAUCGGCAGUAAAAAGUCCAAAAAGAAGGGCGGAGAUACAGAUGAAUAG